CAUCUAUGCUGCAGAUCAGGCACCAUGGAAGAGGCGCCUUUGACUCUGGCACACUCGCAUGCGCGCAAAGCAGCCGCCGAAACAUCAAAGUCGCGCCUCGCUGUAGCUGCCACCGAACACCACUCCGCCGCAGAACAAUAUGCAAAAGCUCAGCAUUCAACUUCAGAUCCUGAAGCCUUGCGCAUGCUGAAGUUGUUGGAAGAACAUCACCGUCAGCUAGCAGAUAUCAUCCGCUCCAAACACACCAUCGCAAAGGCCAUACAAGACUCCCAAGAUGCAGACAUCCCAUCGCCGGACCCUUCUACACCCAUCGCCUCACCUCCCGUAACCCCUUCCUCUGCCCAUGCACCACCUGUUGCACGCAUACACCCAUCUCGUCGCGAGUCUUCACCCGCCCUCGCAAAAGACAUGGCCACUCUUCGUGGCAUCCCACGACAGUCUUCCUCCCUCAAUCCACGCAAACCUCAAUCUUCGUCCACAUCAGCUGCAGUCUCCACACCACCGCUUGAACAUCGUGCCCCUCCGCCAUCCGUCCUCGCCGAAAGACCUGCCCAAGCAAAGGAACAAGACGAUGGCUUUUCUCGAUUCUACUCCAACUGGACCACUGGCCCUCUGUCACGCCUCUCUUCAAUGCUCGCCUUCACCGCCUUACCCCUGACCGACACCCCUGAACCUGAUUUACCUACUUCUUCACGCCAAAAGACAAGCGCUCGAGCCUCGAACGAUCCGGAUGUCAAAUCCCUCAUAUCGCCAGCUGCUUUGAACGCCUUACAACAACAUGGUCACAUUGGUCCAGGCGAGAGUUUCUACGUCAUUCCCACUAGUGGUGGAACUGCUUCGUACGCAAACAUCGUCACACGAGAACAGCGCUACGCUCGCCGUCAAGGUCUCUCGAACAUCAACGAAGACGAUCCCACCGAAUUUGUUGACGCCCAGGAGACUCAACCUACCAGACAGCCCAACCGUGGCUUAAUAUCUGUUCGUGAAGAAGAGUUGCAACUCGAGAAUGACACACUCAAGAAAGCUCUCGAUCAUGUGAGCCACCGCUUGCAGGCAUUUGAAUCACAUGCUCAGGAUGCUUCCAUGGCUGCUUUGACUCAAAGUAUGGCCAGCGUACGAACAACACAUUCGAAACAGUCCGAGGAUGAGCUCCAGGCUGCCAUCAAAGAGAUCAAGAGGCUCGAACAUGACAAUGCCAAGUUCAAGGCAUACUACGCAAAGCUGAAAGACAGUGCGAAGGCGAGGAGAGCUGAGCCCAGAGGUUGAGAGCUCCUCCCGUGUCCACAUGCGAUUUCCUUCAAUACUUUUCACGUUCCACUUUACAAGAUACCCCCCUUACGAUAGAAAUGAAAUC